UUUGUGUGCGUGUGUGACGAAGUUUGAUAGUUUUGUUUUUCAGAACUGUUAAUUUACCAAAUUUGAAGUCUGUAUGCGCGUAGUUUAAACUUAUUUUGUGUUUUAUAACUAAUUAUUUCAAUGUUCUGAAAAGGUUAACAAUUAUCAGAUUUUUAAUUGCAAUAUCUGCGGUUACUAUGCAAACUUCAAAGCUAUAUAAAUUAUUGUUUGUGUUCCAUGCCACACCUGUUCACUUUCUUGUUAUGUUUUGUCUGCUCCAUCUACUGUUUAACUGAUUUUUUAAUAUUUUUUUUUACUUGGUUAAAAUGUUAAAACAGAAAUGCAGGUUACAACGGGCAGUGUCGUAAAUGUGUUGAUCGAGUUUAAUGAAAGUGUAUUAAUUAAGACUAACGCCUACCGGUGCACAAUACGCGCGUCGUUCAGCAGCUGAACUCCGCGGUCAUAUUUCAUAUGUUAACACUAGAAGAUAACAGCCGCAAGCUACUCAAAGAAAAACAAAACAAAAACAGGCACUUAACUCGAUCGUUGCCUGUUUAACGGUAAUAAUACAUGUAUUCGAUUUUGAUGUGUGUUGGGGGGUGAGAGGGAGGGUGCUAGAAGAUUGCCUUCGGCUAGUUCAGUGAACAGGCGCCGCGCCCAGGAAAAAAACUGUAUGUUCAGAACGGGAUGUGAACACGAGUUUUCAUGGUGAUAUCUGCGCUUCCGAUCCGACCAUCGGGUGUUGUUUUUUGUUUUUGCUUUUUUUUUUUUUUUUUUUUCAGUGUCUUUCGGAUUAUGCUGCCUCCUCCACAAACCUUAUACCCCUCCCUCCAACCCAUUGUGCGAAAUCCCUAGCCCGGUAAUGGUGCGUGCAACAGAAGAUCAACGUGACAGAGGCCAGUUUCGGCCUUCGGGCUAUGAUUGAGUGUAGGGCGUGGUUCUACGUGCUACACGACAGUCGUGGAAAUAGUUCUCUUUAGUGUAAAGGAAAAGGAAGGAAAUCGCCGCAUGUUCUAUAGAUCAUUGUAUGUGAAACUUUUCUGGGGGUUAAGUCAAACUCUCAUAACAUCCAAGAAAAAUAAUAUUUAAAAAAAAACCCAACAAGACAUGCACUGUUUUGGAAGUCUUGGGUGAAUUCACAUAAUUUGCUCUCCAUUAAUUGACAAGUUGAAAAGCAUAAUUGUUUCUGUCGGUGUUCACUUAAAAGUCGCAUAUAUAUAGCCGGAAAGAUUAAACAGAGGCAGUGUGUUAUGCAAGGGAAUAUAUGUGACUAUUACAGAAACCAUGCAAUGCAUAAGUUUGCUGUAGUAGUAGUCAUAAUGCAACAGUGUGCAGCUGCAGUAGAUUUUUUCCUAUGCACAUACUGUUUUCAUCAGGCAUCAUCAAUAUUCAACAGCAGCUGCGACGGCAAUGGUGGUCUCAGAAUUAAGAGUUUUUGUCUAGCUGUUGCUGAUCAGCAGUGUUUAUAUGUAGCACUAUAUACAUGUAUAUACCUAAUUAUGUUUGUAACUAUAUAAUGCCAGGUGAGCUUUUCGCUUUUAGUUGUUAUCUGUUAAUUUAUGUCUAUAGCAGAACGCAGGCAUGCAUAGGCUAUGUGACAGUCUUUGUGGGAGGGAGGAUAGAAUGGAAAGAAUAGGAGCGAAGGUUUCGGGCAGGAGUGUGGACAGACAAGAUUUCAGUAAAAUAGACGGUAGCCAAUGAAGAGAGUGAAGAAGUGGUGUGACAUUCUCAGAUAUGCGAGUCCGGGAAACAUAAAAAGCGGCUAGAGAUAAAAGAAAUCAGACGAAAAAUAUCCUAGUUUGCUCCACAUCGACCCUAUAGCUGUGCCUUACAUUCGCAGUGCUAGUCGAUGGAACCUUUUUUUUUUUUCUUUUGCGAUGCGUGCAGAAAGAGGAUGCCGUGACGAGUGGUUGAUCCCGAUGAACUCAAAGACCAUGGCAUCCUGUUAGUCGAAAGCUGCGGUGUGUUCUGCACGUGCUUAUUCAACGUGUGUGUUAGGUAACGGUGGAAGCAUCAGGGUGAAACGAAGAGACGACUCCUUUCCCCCUCAACCCACACACACAGUACAGAGACAUCGCAGGUAUUUAAUUUUUUUAUGGCUCCAAGCACCUUUAUAACCCAUGGACCAUGAUUCGAGGCAACAUUUGCUUGGACUUACUGACAUGGUGUUUCCCAGUCUUCUGGGGAACGUGAAAAGCCAAAACAUAGAUGCAGGAUUUAACUGACUGGUAGUGAUCUGCUAAACUAUUUUCUCAACAACACUAUAGUUUAUUUUUCGCGCUGCCGUGAGCAAUCAGUGCUUCAAACAACAUCAGAUGUAAUUGGAACUCGUUAGACAAUCGGCAGAAAACCGCAACAAUUUUACUCAGUUCCUGCUUCUUCAAUAGAGGAGAAAGAGUUUGUUCUGUACCGGCAACAUGGGAACAACAAAAGUUGAGGAUGUUAAGUUCACGCCCUUUACAGAAGGCAAAAUCAGGGUCUGGUUCAAAAUGAUUGAUGUAGGCAAGGAUGGCUGCAUGUGUCGAGAGGACUUUCAGUCUAUUGCUGAACGCUUUGUGAAGGAGUAUGAGCUAACAGGAGAAAAAAGCAUUGAGAUCCAAGACUGGCUAGUUAAUGGUUGGGCCAUAGUGAUGGACAUGAACAAAGAGCAAGAGAGGAUUGAGGAGAUGAAGCAGAAGAUGCCACUGGUAGUCAACAUGGUGGACAUGAUAAAAGCAGGCAACAAAAUCACAGAAGAUGACUUUACAAGUGCCUAUGGACAGCUUAUUACAGCUCACCCAGAACUGGCCAAAGAAAGCCUGGAGAAAAUGGUUGGCACUUUUUUUGAGGUGUUUGAUCAUGACAAGGACUCUUUCAUCACAAAGUCUGAGAUGCAGGUAGCCAUGAGAUGCUUUGGGUACGACUAUCCAGAACUGGUAAACACGGCCUUCACCUUGAUGGACCUUGACAAAGAUGGCAAACUUAACUACCAGGAAUAUGUUGGUGGGUGGGUUGAUUUCAUUCUGGGGCAGGACAAGCAGAAUCCAUUUGUGCGGGCCUUUGCACCUCAUCUUGCUGAAUAAACACAUGAUGCAUCAACAUCUUUGAUUACAGAUAUUCACAGGAUUCUAGAUGAAAGACAAGCCUACAGGAGGCAAGGCCAAGUCAGCAUAUGCUCUGGUUACAAGCAGGUACAUCUCAUGUCCGCAAAAUAUUUUAAUGGUUGCAUUGAUGGGCAUUCGAGCAUAUGAUUUGCAAAAUUCAGUUGGUUGUAUGUGCACACAUUUAGACCAACCUAUCCCAGUAUCUUUAGGGCACCAAUAUUAGUCUACGUUAUUCAAACAUGUUUUCUUAUAUGCAAAUGCAUGACCAGGUGAGUUCUUGGUUUCUGUGGAUGUGAGGCAAGGUGCAUCAAUUUUUAAACUCUUAGGUUUAGUAUGAUGUAAUUUUAUAUGCAUGGAAUUUUUCUUUGAUAAUGUAAACCAGUAGAAAAGACUGUGACAAAUAAACCAUUAUCAAUUGUUGUCAACAAAUAUGAACAAUAAAUAAACAAGUCAGUUAAAAAAAAAAAGGCAUCCACAAUGUUAUGCAUGUGUAUUAAAUGUGUGUAUGAAAUAUUAGGUCUCACUCACACAGAGAACAGCUCACCAAAAUUAAUACAAAAAACAGUCAACAACUGUUCAUGAAUUGUGUAAGUAUCUUGUUUCAAUCUUCUAAAAAUUAAAAAUGAAAGGAGUACUUGCUGUUUGCAAAGUGUUUAUUUAAAUCUUUGACUCAGAGUUGGAAUGUCACAAGGCUGUAGGUUUUUUUUUUUAACAAGAGUUAAAUAUGAGACCAAAACUACAUCACGUUGCUCUUAUUCCAUGUGAAUAAGAUUGUCUAACCCAG